UCCACCGAUGACGACACUACUGCCAGUACCUCUAUUCCCAUAACCGAUACUUCUUCUCCAAAUCCGGACACAACUCCGGCAGAAACUACCUUUACAGAGACGACAUCCACCUCGACGAACCCUAAUACAACCGAAACUGCUUCGGUGGUUGUAACUACUUCUCCUACACCUAUACCAGGAGGAACUAUGACCGCAUCUACAGUACCUGCUAAUUCUUCAUCGUCUCCAGCACCAGUAACCACUAGAUCUGCGCCAUCAACUACAACCGAAAGCAGCACGACGACCAAACCCCGAUGCAUACCAAAAAUGUGUGGUAAAAACGAAGUGUUCCUGUGUUGCGGCUUGUGCAGCUACAACACGUGCCGUGGAUGGGUCGGUUGCCUCGACGAUCGGUGUGUGCAAGGAUGCUUCUGCAUGAUAGGCUAUGUUCGUGCUCACCCGAACGGACCUUGCAUUAGGCACCAAAGUUGUCCCAAGCAACAGUUCCCAUCAGUCAUCCGGGAGUAAU